GACGUUUCAUUGUCACCCCAUGGUAACUGUGAAACCACAAUUAAGUCCACAGCAACAGGACUGAGUACACUGAGACCUCGAUCCAACAAAUUAAUUUUGCUUAGCAUUGGGAAUUCUAGUAAUCAACUGAGAGGAAGGACUUAUGGCACUUCAGAAGAUCAUUUCAAACAUAGUUUAAAGUGACCGCUGUGGAGACAAAGCUUUAUGUUAGCACUUCUAAGGAUUAACGAUUCCUUAAAAUGCCCAAAGGAAGAUUAAAUAAUCCCUCAACCAAGCAGGAUGGGGAAUGGUUCACACCUAUAGGAAUGCCUAGAAAACUGCCUAUGACAAGCACACAGAACAUGUUUUAUCCACCCAAGCAAUUCAAGGUUGAUUACAGGCUGCCUCCUAUAUGUAUCACUCGAAGGAAGAUUGAAGUACAGAAUGGCUAUCCGUUCUCAACGCAUGACAACAGGCAUUUAAUACAGGGAGUUGGGGAGUAUUUUGAUACUGGACUUGGCCAUAAAAAGACUUCUAUUGGAAAAAGGCAAGAUCAGUCUCUGAAUUUUUGCCGUGAUGCAGCCACAGCCGUCACAAGCAGAUGGGAUGAUUUUUCAUUAUAUGAAGUCUCUUACACAGGGCAUCAAGCUACAGAGCAGCCUUUGUGCAGAAGAUUCCCUAAACGUCAUACGGAAAGAUCUGCUUACAUGAAGUCACUUCCUGAGAACGCUUUCAUGUGGUUUGCAGGUCAUCAUGGCACAUCGCGCUGAAAUCUGUGUAUUACAUGGUCUAUUUAACCAAUACCUGUUCUGCAUAUAAAGCAAACCAUUAUUAACCCCUUCCCUUCUAACUGUAUGUUAUAAA